AUGGAGUCCACAGCACGCAAGCAUUUUCAUGCUGAAAUGAUUGAUAGCUCAGUGAAAAUGGUGCUGAAAUUACGUAUGGAGGAUGAGAAAAGAAAGAAAAAGGCAAUAAAGGCCAUUGCACGAAUAGAAGGCGUAGAUUCAGUUGCAGUGGACAUGACGGAGGACAAGAUAACUGUAGAGGGGGAUGCAGAUCCGGUGUGUGUCACAGACAAACUAAGAAAAAUUGGAUAUACAGAAUUAUUGAGCUUUGGUCCUGCCAAAGAAAAGGAAAAUAAGCCGCCUGAAGAAACUAAGCCGCCAGAAGACACCAAGCCCCCUGAAGAAAACCCAUCAGCAAACAUAGAUAUUCCUGCCCCACACAUUUAUUACUGCUAUUCCGAUUAUAUCCCGGAAGAAGAUACCAACGUCUGCACUAUUCUUUGAAGAAUCCGAAAGCCAAACAUUAGAUUAGUUUGGGGAUUUGCAGUUUGUCACGAACGUUUUCAAGUACAGCACUUAAUGGUUUUAGUUAUGUUUUCGAAAUUGAAAGUCUGUAAAGAU